GCUAACGGUUGCGUUUUGAAAUCAGCGGCAUAUAUGACAGCUCACAGCAGCUUGUUGAGCAGUAAUUCACCCAAGCUUACGAGGUUUUCCGAAAACAGGAUUUUAUUUGGGAAAAGAUGUCGAAAAAACAGAUUUUCUACUCUGACAAGUACAACGACGACGAGUUCGAGUACAGGCACGUUGUGCUCCCGAAGCAGCUGUCCAAACUGGUGCCGACCUCCCAUUUGAUGACAGAAGAAGAAUGGAGAGGUCUGGGGGUGCAACAGAGCCAGGGCUGGAUCCACUACAUGAUCCACAAACCAGAGCCACAUAUACUACUUUUCAGAAGGCCUCUAACUAAGGAAUGAAUGGAAACCACCUUUAAAACGUGUUUUUAUUUGUUUUCUUGUUUGUGUUGCUGCUUCAUAAAUCUCUUUGUAUUUACGUGUUCUUGUAUCUUGUAUAGAAAGGCUGUACUUGCUUAGUUUGGUGCUUUUUUCAAAUUCCCUCCAUUGUUUUUAUGUUUGUGUAUUUUGAGGUAAUGAGAGUAAAAAUGUUGCUUGGGUUCAACUGCAAGUAAAUCCUUGUGGACUAAAACAUGAAGUUUAUGUUUUGACUUACAUUUUAUAAAGGUUUAUUUACUAAGGGGAUGUUACUAGCAAAAUGUUGUAGAUGGAGUCUUUGUUUUUGUUAAAGUUAUGCUGAAGAUGUAUACAUAUAUUUUUUUAGAUGAUAGAAAAUUGCCAGUGAGUUGGUUGAUUUGACAUAUUACCAAAAGAACAAAAUAAAAUAGUAUUGAUUAUA